CUUUGAGAAAAUCAACAAGAUAAAUUAACACUUAGCCAGACUAACCAGAGGGCACAGAGAGUGUAUCCAAAUUCACAACAUCAGAAAUGAAAAGGGAGACAUAACAACAGAAUCUGAGGAGAUUAAAAUAAUCAUCAGAUCCCACUACAAAAGCCUAUAUUCAACAAAACUGGACAAUCUGGAGGAAAUGGACAAUUUUUUAGACAAGUACCAGAUACCAACGUUAAAUAAGGAUUAACUAAACAAUCUAAACAAUCCUAUCCCUCCUAAAGAAACAGCAGCAGUUAUUAAAAGUCUCCCACCCCAAAAGAGCCCAGGACCACAUGGGUUUAUUACAGAAUUCUCUCAGACUUUCAUAGAAGAUAUCGUACCAGUACUGUCCAAACUAUUCCACAAAAUACAAACAGACACAAACCACACAAAAACCCAACAAAGAAAGAGAACUUCAGACAAAUUUCCUUUGUGAAUAUUGACACAGAAUUAUUCAAUAAAAUUCUUGCAAACCUAAUCCAAGAACACAUCAAAAUUAUCAUCCAUCAUGAUAAAGUAGGCUUCAUCCCAGGGAUGCAGGGAUGUUUCAACAUACAGAAAUCCAUCAACGUAAUCCACUAUAUAAACAAAUUCAAAGAAAAAAACUACAUGAUCAUUUCAUUAGAUGCUCAGAAAGCAUUUGAGAAAAUUCAACACCCCUUCACAAUAAAAGUCUCGGAAAGAUCAGGAGUUCAAGGCCCAUACAUAAACAUAGUAAAAGCAAUACACAGCAAACCAGUAGCCAGUAUUAAACUAAAUGGAGAUAAACUUGAAGCAAUCCCACUAAAUUCGGGGACUAGACAAGGCUGCCCAAUCUCUCCCUACCUGUUCAAUAUACUACUUGAAAUCCUAGCCAGAGCAAUCGGACAACAAAAGGAGGUCAAAGGAAUGCAAAUUGGAAACGAAGAAGUCAAAAUAUCACUAUGUGCAGAUGAUAUGAUAAUAUACUUAUUGACCCCAAAAGUUCCACCAGAGAACUACUAAGCCUGAUAAACAACUUCAGCAAAGUGGCUUGGUAUAAAAGUAACUCAAACAAAUAAGUAGUCUUCCUCUACUCAAAGGAUAAACAGGCUGAGAAAGAAAUGAGAGAAAAGGCAUUCCUUCACAAUAGUCUCAAAUAACAUAAAAUACCUUGGUGCAACUCUAUCCAAGCAAGUGAAAGAACUUCAAGUCUCUGAAGAAAGAAAUUGAGGAAGAUCUCAAAAGAUGGAAAGAUCUCCCAUGCUCAUGGAUUGGAAAGAUUAAUAGGUUAAAAAUGGCCAUCUUCCCAAAAGCAAUCUACAGAUUGAGUUCAAUCCCCAUCAAAAUUCCAACUCAAUUCUUCAAAGAGUUAGAAAGAACAAUUUGCAAAUUCGUUUGGAAUAACAAAAAACCCAGGAUAGCGAAAACUAUCCUUAACAAUAAGAGAACUUCUGGGCUUCAGUCUCUGCUAUGUGGGGCUAGAGUGUAGGUCUUUCCAAAGACUAGCUAGCAAUUUUGUUCGGAGCUAGCUUUUGAGGCUUCUGCCCACCGCCAUGGACGAGCCAACCAAGAAAGUCGACCCAGUUGUGAACCCAGAAACUCAGAUGAAUGAUGGAUCUCAGAGGGAAGAUGAAGGGGACUCGCCGGAUGAUUCAGAAAUCCUACAACCAGAAACACUAGUAAAGGUCAUGAAAAAGCUAACCCUGAACCCCAGUGCCACGCCGACAAAAUAUCAUCGUCGUCAAAGGGUUCAUCUCCGUAAGAGCCAGCCUGUGGAGAACAGAAGUGAAAGAAUCAUGAGGGAAGUUCAAAGCGCCUUUCCCAAGAGAAGGGUCCGCACACUGUUGUCGGUGCUGAUAGACCCCAAAGCAAGAAUGAGAAGAUUUGUUCGGAUUGAGCAGAGACAAAGACAGCUUGAAGGAAAUGAGAGACGAGAUGAGCCAUUCAGAUGUCUCUUUACUUUCUGCCAUUAUCAGAGAUGGGAUCCUUCUGAGAAUGCUAAAAUCCAGCAGAACCAGAAGAAUUAG